AUGAAGAAAGCAGGUGUUUUGGGCGCAACCGGAAGUGUUGGCCAACGUUUUAUACUUUUACUAAGCGAUCAUCCAGAGUUUGAGUUGUCUGUUCUCGGAGCUUCCUCUCGCUCUGCUGGAAAGAGGUAUGAAGAUGCCGUCGUCUGGAAGCAAACUGAUCUUUUGCCUGAGUCCGCAAGAAAUAUCAUUGUUCAAGAGUGCAAAGCUGAGGCUUUCAAGGACUGUGACAUUAUCUUCAGUGGGUUAGACGCCGAUUAUGCUGGAGAAAUUGAAAAGGAAUUUGUUUCUAGUGGUUUAGCUGUUGUCUCUAACGCAAAGAACUACAGAAGAGAGGCAGACGUUCCUUUGAUCGUUCCUAUUGUCAAUCCAGAGCAUCUGGAAAUUGUUGAACAGAAAGUUAAGUCUGGACAAAAGGGAUUCCAAAUUUGCAUUUCUAACUGUUCCACUGCUGGGCUCGUUGCUCCUUUGAAACCUCUGGUGGAGAAGUUUGGACCAAUUGACCUCCUGACAACUACUACUUUACAGGCUAUUUCCGGAGCCGGAUUUUCUCCAGGUGUUCCAGGAAUAGAUAUAUUAGACAAUAUUGUACCAUUCAUCAGUGGUGAAGAAGAGAAAAUGGAAUGGGAGACCAGAAAGAUUUUGGGAGGACUCUCCGAGGAUAAGAUGGAAUGCAGACUUGUUAGUGAAGACGCAAUGAAAGUUUCCGCUCAAUGUAAUAGAGUUCCUGUAAUUGAUGGUCAUACUGAGUGCAUUUCCCUGAGAUUCGAACGAAGACCCCCUCCAAGUGUUGAGGCAGUCAAGCAAUGUCUUAGAGACUACGUUUGUGAGGCCAGCAAAUUGGGCUGUCCAUCCGCUCCCAAGAACACCAUUCACGUUUUGGAACAAAAUGACCGACCACAGCCAAGGUUAGACCGUGUACGUGAUAAUGGGUUUGGAGUUAGCGUCGGCAGAAUCAGAGAGGAUCCAGUGUUAGAUUUCAAGAUGGUAGUAUUGUCCCACAACACAAUCAUCGGAGCUGCUGGUUCUGGAGUACUCAUUGGAGAGAUCCUGUUGAAAAAGGGUCUCAUUUAA